GUAGGAGGGGGGAACGCAGCGGCCGAUAACUACCAAGCAGUGGGCGAGAUAUGAUUGGGGUGGGGACGUGGAGAGCUGCUUAUGAGGCGUUAUUAGUUUGACGUUUACGUUAUCCAUAACUUUUAACAUGCGUUUAUUCUGUGGUCUAUUGCGACAUCCUAAAUUAGGCUGCCCGCCAAGAAAGCCUGGUAUAGUAAAGGGUACUGUUCAUGCAGUAUUCGGAAGGUAUUUGCUUGUGACAAACACUAUUACAGGGGGAGUAUUAUUAGCUGCGGGAGAUAUGAUUCAACAAGAAAUUGAGCGUUACAGGCACAAAGAAGUAUCGAAACGAAUGAACCGAUACGACUGGCCACGAGUGGGGCGCAUGUUUUUUGCUGGACUUAUACAAGGACCACCACAACAUUACUUCUACAAAAAGUUAGAUGCUGUGCUCCCAAAUAGAGACUGGAAGAGUGUGUGUGCCAAAAUAUUUUUGGACCAGACUGUGGCAUCACCUAUCUGUAUUGUCCUCUUUUUCUAUGGUGUGGGUAUUUUUGAGAAGGAUGCCUACAGUGAAAUAUGGUCAGAAAUAAAAAGUAAAUUCUGGACAGUUUAUGCUGCGGAUUGGUUGGUGUGGCCUCCAAGUCAGUUCAUUAAUUUCUACUUCGUGCCUCCAACUUACAGAUUAAUGUAUGUCAACUCUGUCACAACGCUGUACAAUGUUUUCCUGUCAUAUAUCAAGCAUGAAAUGUGAUACAAAUUAGCAAUUUUGAACUGGAAUGUAAGUGCUCUCAGUUACCGGUGAAAUCUUCAGUACCAGGCUGCAAGAAAAAUGCAGAAAGCAAAACCUUGACAUACCUUGUGAAGGCUUUUGCUCAAUAAGCUGAGAUGAACUCUAGAGGAAACUAGGAUUAAUUGACAACCCAUAAAAAUACAUUAAGGUUAUUUGAUUGCUGCACAACAGUGCGAAAGGCUGUGUUCUUUCCAGUAAUGGACACUGAAAAUCAUUUGAAUUUGUGAUAAGUGAUAAAACAGAGAUGUUUGGUCACCCCACCAUUUGCAAUAUUUAUUGGUGCAAUCAUUCAUCUUGUCAAAGCAACUACCACAGAGUAUAGAAAUAUAGUGCAGGACUAACUGAGGGUUACUCAACCUAAAAGGACUUAAGCUCCAGAAAAAGGUAUAUUCUACUAAUGGUAUUGAAUGCAUAACACUAUUAAUAAUGUUUUUUUGGUUUGCUCAGAUGAUGAUCUACAGGCCAUUCUGAAUGUCUUAAACAAACCUUAUAAAAGCAUUGACAUACAUUAAAAGGCACAUAUACUGUA